AUGGACGUCAACAUGCGCGAGCUGGCGGCGCGGCUGACCGCGGCGGCGUCGGCGGGGGCGCGCGCGGCGGCGGCGGCCGCCCGCCCCACCAGGCCGCGGGGGCUCGACGAGGAGACCUGCUCCGCGACGCCCGCGCCCUCGGCCGCCGCGGCCCCGCCCGCCGACGUGCCCAUGGACGCCGACGUCUGGGCGGCGCUCCCGGACGACCUGCUCCUCGAGGUGCUGGCCCGGGUCCCGCCCUUCCUCCUCCCGCGCCUCCGCGCCGUCUCCCGCCGCUGGGCCGCCGCGGUCCCGCGCGACCCGGCCUUCCUCGCCGCGCACGCCGCCGCGCCCUCCCACGGGCCCUGCGUGCUCGCCUUCGCCCGGGGCUCCGCCCCCGCCCACUGCGCCGCGCUCAGCCUGCCCCUCCGCGCGCGCUACCGGCUGCCCCUCGCCUUCCUCCCCGCCUGGGACCUCUGGCUCGUCGGCUCCUCGGGCGGCCUCGUCUGCUUCUCCGGCUUCGACGCCUCCUCCGUCUUCCGCACCCUCGUCUGCAACCCGCUCACGCAGGCCUGGCGGGUGCUCCCGGAGAUGCAUCACAACCAGCAGCGCCAGCUCGUGCUCGCCGUCGAGCGGAAGCUCGGCUCCUUCAAGGUCAUCGCCACCAGCGAUGUCUACGGGGAGACGCUCCCCACCGAGGUCUACGACUCCAAGGCGGACAGAUGGUCAGUGCACCAGAUGAUGCCCGCCGAGAACCUCUGCUCCUCCAAGAUGGCCUUCUGCGACUCCCGGCUGUACCUGGAGACGCUCUCGCCGCUCGGGCUGAUGAUGUACAGAGUGGAUGCGGGCAAAUGGGAGCAUAUACCAGCGAAAUUCCCACGGUCACUGCUCGAUGGGUAUCUCGUCGCCGGAGCUCGCAAAAGGCUCUUCUUAGUGGGGAGGAUCGGGCUUUACAGCACGCUGCAGAGUAUGAGGAUCUGGGAGCUGGAUCAUGGCAGGACUGUCUGGGUGGAAAUAAGCAGGAUGCCGCCCAAGUACUUCAGGGCUCUGUUAAGGUUGUCUGCCGAGAGAUUCGAGUGCUUUGGGCAGGACAACCUCAUCUGUUUCACCUCGUGGAACCAGGGCAGAGGUCUCCUAUACGAUGUCGACAAGAAAGCUUGGUCGUGGAUUGCUGGCUGCGCAAGCCAAUUGUGCAAUACCCAGUUCUGCUUCUACGAGCCAAGAUUUGACACAUCGAUCUAUUGAUGGUUGAGCUGCAUUGCGAAGAUUUCAGCUCAGAUGCUUUUAGGUUUGGAGUUCGGCAUCCAGAUGCCUGUUUGAUGUUCUAUUGGAUCAUUCCUGUUAGCUGUAUCAAUUGUCAAGUGCUAGGUGAAUAGUGUCUUCUUUGAGCCAAUAAUUUAGAACAUUUCUAGUACUUGACUUGAGCCACCAAUUUUCUCAAGUCAUGCCAUCAGAGAUCCUUCACUACUUCAGCAGUUAGAAGUAUCGUUACAAAUACAACUGGAGGUCUGCCUGUUCCCAUUCCCAUUUUUUAGCAAACAGUGACUUGUAAGUGGUUCCAUUUCCAUAUCUGAAAUGAAAAGGAUCUUGUGCUGUUU